AUGUAAAGAGCUUAAUCUGCAGCACCUAAUUUUGACUUUCCCAUGGAAGAUAUGUUUAAGAUAGCAACUAGACAAACAUCAGGUUUUGGAAUUGAGGGGUAUGAAGCUCCAAAAAAGUACGUUGAUCCAAUUAAAUAAAUGGAAGAUAGAAAAUUUUUAACUCAAAAGAAAGGUUAAAAAAAUAGAAAUCAUGUCACAAAACGAGGACAUUAUUUAGAAGAUUUGAAAAAAUUAUAUGAGAAGUUACCUGCGCCAAACAAAUAUGAUAUUGUUAAACCAUGGGUUCCACUAAAAUAAGAAGGAAGAGUCAAGAGUGCUCCAUAGAAGAGAUGCACAUUUAUAGACUAAAUAUUCAAAGAAGCAAAAGUAAGAGGAGUUCCUGGAGCUGGUAAAUAUAAUGUGAUACCUACUCUUGAGGAUGUUUUAAAAUAAGUUGAAGAAGAUAAGAAAAAAAAAAUAGCACCAGUUGAAAGACCAACUUACUUAAAUGAAAUUCAACAUUUAGCUGUAAUCAAUCCAGGUCCUGGAAAUUAUAAUCCUCAUAGAAUAGAGAAAAAACUGAAAAUGAAUGAGACAAAGCCAGCUGAUUAAAUUGCAAAACACAAAGAAUAAGAAAGAAAGAGAGGCAAAUCAUGUUUGCCAGAUAUUGGAACUUAUAAUCCAGAGCCUGUCGAAUUUACAUCCUUUAACAAGUUGCAACAACUCUCAAAAAAGAAGGACAAAUCUGAUAAACAUAAUUUUGGAAAAGAAGACAGAUUUAAGGAUCCUAAAAAAACUAAAUCGAAGUAACUUCCUGUACCAGGUCCAGGGUAAUAUCCUAUGAUUGUAUAAUGGGCUGGUAAGGAGAAGGAUAAAAACAAUCCAAAAUAGAAGAACUAUUUGGAUGUCACCACAAGAGGCAUUUCUCGUUCAAUAUAUUAUUGAAUUAAACUUUAUUUAUUAUUAUUCAAUUUUUCAUAAUAAAUGUAAUAA